AUGUCCAUCGCACUGCGCCAUGCAUCCACGCUCGUAGGACACAUUGCGCUCAACCCCAUCGUUACUUCCGCGCUGCUAUGGAUCCUAACUAAGGCCCCUGUGAGCGUGCGCGCACGACUUACAGACAGGAUUGCUAUACUCAGGGAUCCCCGCCGUGUGGAGCAGAUUGUCAAGGCGCUGAAGUGGUGUCUUGCGUUUGGCGUUACGGGCGCGGUGAAUCGGAAACUCAACCAAGUUGCGCUGAACGGCGGGCGCUGGGGGAGUGAGACUGCAAAGUGGGAUUGGAGCAAGGAAGUGGCUGUUGUGACGGGCGGGUGUAGUGGGAUUGGUGCGUUGGUUGUGAAAGGGCUGGUGGGCAGGGGAGUGAAGGUUGCAGUGCUAGAUGUGAAUGAUCUACCUGCGAAUAUGCAGGGGUAUGCGCACAUCAAAUUCUUCCGCUGCGACGUCACCGAGCCAGACGCCGUGUAUGCUACCGCGGGGGAAAUCAAGACCUCCCUCGGCGCACCCAGUAUCCUGAUCAACAACGCGGGUAUCCUGGGCACGCACACCAUCCUCGCCACGCCCGACGCCUUCCUCAAGAAAAUCUUCGAGAUCAAUGUGCUAAGCAAUUGGUACACGACCAAAGCCUUCCUCCCGUCCAUGAUUGCGGCGAAUAAAGGGCACAUCGUCACCAUCGCGUCCGCCGCGUCGUUCAUUGGCGUCGCUGGCCUGGCAGACUACACAGCGACGAAAGCAGCCAUUCUGUCGUUCCACGAGGGUCUCGCGCAGGAAAUCAAACACCACUACAAAGCGCCGAAUGUGCUGACAACAAGCGUGCAUCCGAAUUGGGUGCGCACGCCUUUGCUCGGACCCGUCGAGGAGGAACUCAAGAGUCGAGGGAGCGAGAUAUUGGAGCCGCAGUAUGUCGCGGAUAGGGUCGUACAAAGCGUGCUGAGUUGUAGGGGUGGACAGGUUGUAUUGCCCGAGGCAGCAGGCAAGGUGGCGAUGCUUAGGGGAUUGCCGAAUUGGAUGCAGGAGAAGAUUAGGGAUGGGGUUAGUCAGACGAUUUUGAGGAGUGCGGCGGUGAAGGAGUGAGACGAGGAAAGGGAGGCACGCUAUUCGGUUGAUAUGUUGAAAAGGCUGCGCUCAAUGGAUGCACUCGUUGGUUUC